AUGGCAUCUUCAACAGCCACCUCUGAAUCGAUAGACCACUCCACUAUUGAUAAUUUGGCAAAAACCCAAGAGUGUGUCCCUACCCCUUUUGCAAUUCAAUCUAUCAAUGCUGGGGAUGACCUUCCUUCAGCAUUGCUACAAGUUUUGUCAUUUCAGAAAAUGACUAUUGUAAUACUUAGUUUGGAAGUGAAACAAAGUGAUUGCCCGUUCUUUGGUAAACCAGUAUACCUGUUCAAAGAACAACAACCAGAAAUGAUGUCUGAGGACAGACCAUCAACAUCUAAACGAUCUCUUCAAUUUGCCACUGAAUUGCCAUCCCCGCAAACAACAACUUCUGAAAAUAUAAGACCUAUCAAAACUUUGAAUCCCUUUGACAUUGUUGAUUGUGAAGGUUCUGAAAUUACAAUUACAUGUUUUGAUGAGAUAGCUAAGUUACACUCUAACCGUGUGGACAUAGGUUCACAUUAUCUUAUUUCAAAGGGAUCUAUUAAGGAGGAAAAUGCAAGGUACAACAAACUAAACAGUCAUUUAGAAAUCACCUUGUCUGAUGCAUCCAUACUGAAACGUUGCACCAACGAAGAACAAGCAGAUCAACAAAGUCCUCCUUUCACGCCCAUUAAUGAAUUGUUUUAUCUAACAAAUAACACGUUGGUUGACAUAAUUGGCCUUGUUCUAUAUAUUGAAGAUAUCAUUCCAAUACACAGGAAAGAUGGCAGUCAAACACACAAACGUGUUGUGAAAAUUAGUGAUCUAUCUAAUUCAACAAUUGACAUCAACCUAUGGGGUCCAAUGGCAGAACAAAAAGGCCUAAAAUUGAAAAAUAUGUUGAGCAAUGAUAGUGUGGUUAUCCUUGCUUUAUGUAAUGCUCGUGUUGGCUAUUUCAAUGGGAAGCUUAUAAACAUAACAGCUGCAACCACAUUACAUAUCAACCCAACUUUUCCAGAAGCAGAGCUUCUAACGUUAAGAGGAAAGGACCCUUUGCUUGUUGUACCCUUUGUUGCAGAAACUAUCCACAUAGAUGGUAAAUAUAGUAGAAUGACUAUUUCUUCAAUCCAUGAGCGGAUGAGCAUCAAACCAGAAACAAUUCAGACAACUUUGCUAGUCGUUUUGCGCUUUGUAAACGUAACUGACCAAAAUUUCUAUUACGCAGCCUGUCCACUAAUAGUCAAUGGAAGGCCUUGCAAGAAAAAAUGUACACAGCAAGUUGAUGAUUCUUGGUUCUGCUCUAGAUGUCAAAUGACUAUGCAAGACUGCAAUUAUAGUUACCUCUUGCCACUAAAGUUACAAGAUGCCACAGGUACUCUAUGGGCCACUGCAUUUGAUGAGGGUAGCAUUCACUUGCUACACAAAACUGCAAAACAGCUUUGUGCACUACAAAAUGAUGCAACAACAACAGAGACAGCUUGCUCAGUGAUUAAGAGACUACUGUCACAUCACUAUUCAUUCACACUGUUGGUUUCCACUGAGACAUAUAAUUCAGAAUCAAAGAUGAAAGUGACAGUUAAUAAAGUCGCUCCUGUUGACUUCAAAGUUGAGUGGCAUGCACUACUUCCAGAAAUUGGCCACCUAAGUACACAGACUUAG